ACAAUAAUUUUGUAAGUCGCCGGAAAUUUUCUUCCACGAAUUCUGUGAAUUUGUGGAAAUUAGACAUUUUACUUUGAAAAAGUUUUCCAACCGCAUAGCCGCCGCUCUUCGUGUGCUUGAGAACAUCACAGUCCCGAGUGAAAAUGAGUGAGAACGAUAUUUCCAAGAUGAAGGUAGCGGAUCUGAAGAAGGAAUUGAAGGCCCGCGGCUUAAGCGUAAUGGGGAAUAAAAAUGAACUCGUGGAUCGACUGCAGUGUGCACUGUUGGAUGGUGGAGAUGUGCUGGAAGACACGGCCAACUCGGAAGAUUUACUAGAUGAUGAUGAUUUGAAUGACGAUUUGCUCGAUGAGGAUAAGGAUCUCACCGACCCAGUUGGCGAGGAGGAGCAAAUCCUCAUGUCUCCGACGCCAAGUGAAAAAUCAAAGUCAAAGUCGCCGGAAGAACCACUGAAAAGUCUCGCGAUGGCGCAAGAAACGCCUUCAUCGGACACGAACUCAGCUUCGGUAUCGACUCCACCGAAAAAGAUAACAUUGAAAAGAAACAUCUCUAUUACGAAACCUAUUCUCCCUGUGCUGGACUCUACCACUUCUACACUGGUAUCGGAAUCAACGGAAGAGCCGAAACCCCAGCGCCAGCCUGUCAGUGCAGGAAGCGGAAGCGAUGGCGAACCGGAAAAGAAGGUCAUCAAGCUUGGCCAGCUGACUGCGCUAGAACGAUUGGAGAUGCGUGCAAAAAAGUUUGCUAAAACGGAACCCACUGGAUCAACGACGACCACCAGCACAGCCAGCACUGUGAGCUCAGGGAAAGAUAAGCUGCAGGCACGAGCAGCAAGAUUUGGCCUCACCGCCGAUAGCAGCAAAAGUGACAGCAGCACUGGACCGACCGGAGGUACCACUCCGGCAGCAUCGAUUGAGGCUCUUAAAAAACGCGCGGAACGCUUUGGCUGUUCAGUUUCCUCUAAAAUGUCGAAAAUUGAACAAGAGGAGAAGCUGGCCAAGCGACAAGCUCGUUUUGCACAACCUGCUACAGCAGCGAAUGGAUCAGGGAAGACGGCCAGUGUCAAUUCGACCGAUUAUGCCGAAAAAGCUAGACAGCGGUUGGAACGGUUCAAGACGGCUGCCUAAAACUGAACGAGCUAUGACGUCUCGUAUGUCCACCGGAGUAGCAGAAAGGUACAUCAUGGCAAAUAUAGCGUAACACAGGUUGAGUAGCGCGUUUAUACUCUAGGAAUAAGAACAAAACCGCUGAAUGGAUCGGACAUUUUCAAUAACUCUGCACUUGGAUUGAAGGCAGUGUGUUCGCGUGUUUGCAACUUAAUAAAAUAAAAUAACUAUAUUGUCACAGU